GCAUCACGUGACACACGACGGAGCUUCGGGCAGCGGAGCUUCUCGGGUUCCCUGGUGUUGGAUGUGGAUUGGGUGGAUGGGUGUGCCAGGGUGGGGACCAGUUUUGUCGAGUCGAGAGUGAACCGAAUCGCGCGCAAGCAAGUACCGCAGCAAGCAGCAAGCAGCAGACAGCAACAAGUCUUUCUUCGUUUCACCGUCAAGACAACACCCACCCACCCACCCCACAAUCUUCGCCCAACAUGGUGUUCGCUUGGAAGGCCGCUGGCAUUACCUACAACCGCUACCUCGCGGUCGCCUCUCGUGCGCUCCGUCGCUCCCUCAAGGAGGAUAAGAGAAUCAUUGCUGAGCGUCGUGGCGAGGCUGCCGAGGUCAAGUUCGCUAAGUGGUCGAACGGCAAGCCUGGCGAGACCGUCAACCUCAGCUCCGCCAACGCUGCCGCCGCCGCCGAGAACGCCACCUCCGUUCCCUCUUCUUAAGCGGAUCGACACACACACAACCAACACACCGUGACGAUGUGCUAGGAAUGGUGGUGUAGUGGUGGACCGGGAG